AGAAGAAGAAGAAGGAUUAUAUGGUCUCUUGGUAAAGCGCACAGUGGCGGUUUUUAUAAUCAAGUGUUAACAUUCAACAUGUUGAACGAGCUGGUGAAGGAGAGACUCGCGGCGGCAGCUGACGAAAUAUGUGGCCUGUUUGAAAGAGCGGUCGCGUCGUACGCCGAAGAACUUUCUCGAACAAGAAAGGAAAACGAGCGACGACGACAACAACUGGAAGAGAUGUGCCAGACACACAUGGUGGUGCACCUUGAAGACCUCCGGCAGCAGAUUGGUCGUCAAGAUGAACUUCCCCCUCCGCCCCAGGAGGGGCGCCCCACUUUGAAGCAGGAUUAUCCACAGCCCACCUUCGUUAAAGAGGAGGAGGAACUCUGGAUCACUCAGGAUGGAGAGCGUCUUCUUGGACCAGAGGAGGAGGAUGAUCUUGCCAAGUCGCUACAGACUAGUAUUUCUGUUAAGACCGAAAACCAUGAAGACAAGCCCCCAGAGUCCUCACAGCGUCAUCACAGUCCGAGUGAGGAGAACAAAGGGGCGGAGCCUCCAAGCAGCAGCUGUCCACAACACAUCACAACAGAAGAUGAUGAAGACCACUGUGGAGGAUCACUAUCGAAUAGUGAUGACACGACAUCAUACUAUCCUAAAGAUGGGGACGCCGCCAAAGAACCUUUGAGCAGCGGUACAGACUGUAUCCAACACCUUGUACGCUCUAAAAAGCAGACGGGCAAAAACCAGGGGACUUUGGGAAACGUUCACCGGAGAACUCACACAAGAAACAAACCCUUCAGUUGUUCAGUCUGUGGUAAAAGAUUAACGGAUAGGUCAGCGGUGGCGUCGCACAUGAGGACGCACACCGGAGAGAAACCUUUCAGCUGUUCGGUAUGCGGUAAAAAAUUCUCCCACAAGUCAACCAUGGUAACGCACAUGAGAAUACACACGGGAGAAACACCUUAUAAUUGUUCGGUGUGCUGGAAAAGCUUUUAUAAUAAGUCAUCGGCCAUAAGACACAUGAGAACGCACACGGGCGAAAAGCCUUUUAGUUGUUCAUUUUGCGGCGAAAGGUUCUCUGUGAAGUCCAACAUGGUACAACACCUGCGAACACACACGGGAGAAAAACCUUUCAGUUGUUUUAUUUGUGGUAUAAGAUUCUCGCAAAAGUCAAAUAUGACAAGACACAUGGCGAGAGCACACAAAACCUUAUGAUUGUUGUAUAUGUGGUGAAGUCUUCUCUUCAUAGCCACAAAUGGGACUGCUGGGUUGCAACUAGAGAUGUCCGACUAUGGCUUUUUUGCAGAUAUUCCCAUAUUGUCCAACUCUUCAUUACCGAUUUCAAUAUCAACCGAUACCGAUAUAUAUACAGUCCUGCAAUCAACACAUUAUUCCAUCUUCUUCCGCGUAUCCGAGGUAGGGUCGCGGGGGCAACAGCCUAAGCAGGGAAAUCCAGACUUCCCUCUCCCCAGCCACUUCGUCUAGCUCUUCCCGGGGGAUCCCGAGGCGUUCCCAGGCCAGCCGGGAGACAUAGUCUUCCCAACGUGUCCUGGGUCUUCCCCGUGGCCUACCGGUCGGACAGUCUUCCCAACGUGUCCUGGGUCUUCCCCGUGCCCUAAACACCUCCCUAGGGAGGCGUUCGGGUGGCAUCCUGACCAGAUGCCCGAACCACCUCAUCUGGCUCCUCUCCAUGUGGAGGAGCAGCGGCUUUACUUUGAGUUCCUCCCGGAUGGCAGAGCUUCUCACCCUAUCUCUAAGGGAGAGACCCACCACACGGCGGAGGAAACUCAUUUGGGCCGCUUGUACCCGUGAUCUUAUCCUUUCGGUCAUGACCCAAAGCUCAUGACCAUAGGUGAGGAUGGGAACGUAGAUCGACCGGUAAAUUGAGACCUUUGCUUUCCGGCUCAGCUCCUUCUUCAUCACAACGGAUCGGUACAACGUCCGCAUUACUGAAGACGCCGCACCGAUCCGCCUGUCGAUCUCACGAUCCACUCUUCCCCCACUCGUGAACAAGACUCCUAGGUACUUGAACUCCUCCACUUCGGGCAGGGUCUCCUCCCCAACCCGGAGAUGGCAUUACACCCUUUUCUGGGCGAGAACCAUGGACUCGGACUUGGAGGUGCUGAUUCUCAUACCGGUCGCUUCACACUCGGCUGCGAACCGAUCCAGUGAGAGCUGAAGAUCCCGGUCAGAUGAAGCCAUCAGGACCACAUCAUCUGCAAAAAGCAGAGACCUAAUCCUGCAGCCACCAAACCAGAACCCCUCAACGCCUUGACUGUGCCUAGAAAUUCUGUCCAUAAAAGAAUGGGUGACAAAGGACAGCCUUGGCGGAGUCCAACCCUCACUGGAAAUGUGUCCGACUUACUGCCGGCAAUGCGGACCAAGUUCUGACACUGAUCAUACAGGGAGCGGACCGCCACAAUCAGACAGUCCGGUACCCCAUACUCCCUGAGCACUCCCCACAGGACUUCCCGAGGGACACGGUCGAAUGCCUUCUCCAAGUCCACAAAGCACAUGUAGACUGGUUGGGCAAACUCCCAUGCACCCUCAAGAACCCUGCCCAGAGUAUAGAGCUGGUCCACAGUUCCACGACCACGACAUUAUUAUGCUUAAUUUUGUUGUGACGCCCCGCUGGAAUGUGAAGCGCUUUGAGUCACUAGAGAAAAAGUGCUAUGUAAAUAUAAUUCACUUCUGUCAGGUUCGAAAACUGAUGACAUCUAUUAAACAGACAAGAAGCAAGGAAUCAUGCAGAGACAAAGUUCAAUUUAGAUCAUGAGGAGAACGCAUGGAGCUGCACACUUAGUCGCAGUCUUGCCCUACGCUCUAAGGUUCAGCUCCCGCGUCCCUCUAUUUAUUCAGGAGUUCCCCAGUCAACAUCACUGAGGCCGCCUCUAAAAGAAGUGGUCACAUAUAUCAUGCAAAGCAGCUCCAGUAUGCACAAUACAUGACGGAACGUGCUGGUCCUUGUGAUUUUGCCUCGUCUCUGCUUCGUCUGCGUGUUGUCGUCUUAUCUUUGUUGAAGUUCCUUAAAGUCCUCGGCUGUUAGCGGGCUAAAACAAAAGAUAACAUCUUUGGUUGGGGCCACCCCUCAGACAAGAAGUUUUGUCCUUGCACAGAUAGAAAAAAGUACAGCUUGAGCCCAAUAGCUAAUAACUAUAGCAACGGAUUUUAAGCAUACUAAAGAUGUGUGAUAACUUACACAAUUAUUAUAACAUUUUCACAUUUGUUUUGUUGUUUACAUUUAUUUAUUUGUUUGCUGAUAUGUAGAGGUUAAUAUGCGUCUUUCUUUUCGGAGACUACAUCUAUGUAACUAAAUUGUUUGUGUUUGAAUUUUGUCUCCUGUUUUUUUUUUUUUUUUAAAGCAAAUAAUGCUGACAAUUUUAUUGAAUAAAAUGUGUGUGCAAAAUGUAUUGAGGUUAAUUUAUGUUUUCAUCACAACUGAACACGCUGCUCGGAAUGGUUUGCACCAAAGAAACCCAAAUUCAGAAGCUGGUACUUCUUGUAUUUAAGAGUAUUUACAUCAUUAUGUUGUGUCGUUAGAUUUUUUUUAAAUAAAUAUCCUCAAAAACUUGA